ACAAACAAAACACCUUGGCGUUACGCCGCCGAUUGCCGUAACCUAUCCCACCCCCAGAGAAAUUGAGGUCACAGAUUUACUGGUUCAAGAACUCACCGCACAGGGAACGUUCGAAAGUGAAGAAGAGAGCAAGCGACGUGAAGUCGUUUUAGGCAAACUCGAUAAACUUGUAAAAGAGUUCGUUUACAAUAUUAGUCGAGAAAAAAAAAAACUUCCAGAAGCUGAUGCCAAAGAGGCCGGGGGGAAAAUCUUCACUUUUGGCUCAUACAGGCUAGGAGUUCAUGGAGCUGGUGCUGAUAUCGAUACACUUUGCGUUGUUCCUAGACAUGUAACUCGGGAAGAUUUCUUUGAUGAAAUGCACAGAGUUCUUAGAAACCUUUCUGAAGUAAACGAACUAACUUGUGUACCUGACGCCUACGUUCCUGUUAUAAAAUUAAAAUUUCAAGAUAUCCCAAUUGAUCUUCUCUUCGCAAGAUUAGAGCUUCCUAAAGUUCCCGACGAGCUUGAACUUAAGGAAAACACACUUCUAAAAAAUUUAGACGAGACAUGUAUCAGAAGCUUAAAUGGGUCGCGAGUAACGGAUGAAAUAUUACGUCUUGUUCCAAGCAUACCAGCCUUCCGCACAUCUUUAAGGUGUAUAAAGCUUUGGGCAAAAAGACGUGCCAUAUAUUCUAAUGUAAUGGGAUUUUUUGGAGGAGUUGCAUGGGCAAUGUUAGUUGCUCGAAUCUGUCAACUAUACCCAAAUGCCAUAGCUGGUGCGAUCGUUUCACGAUUUUUCCGAAUUAUGCAUCAAUGGAGAUGGCCUCAACCAGUGUUAUUAAAGCCAAUUGAGGACGGACCGCUUCAAGUCAGAGUAUGGAAUCCAAAGAUAUAUCAUGGUGAUCGGUUUCACUUGAUGCCAAUAAUUACUCCCGCUUAUCCUUCAAUGUGUGCUACACAUAAUGUCACGCAAUCUACUAAAAAAAUAAUAGAGAGAGAAUUUGAGCGAGUCUCAUCUGAUUCUUCCGAAAGACAAUUGAAAUGGUUGGUAUUUUUUUUGGUAAAUAAUAAUAUUGGUAUUAAAGAUUAUAUCGUGAUUACUAGGUCGGGUAUGGUAGAGUCAAGAAUUCGCCACUUAAUAUCAAAGCUGGAAAGUGUCGAGAACCUUGAAUUAGCACAUCCUUUUGUGAAAGGGUUUGAUAAAAUUCAUCAUUGUACAAAUGAUCAAAUGGCGACUGAUGUGAUGCAUGGAAUUUUUGAUUCAACGUCAAUCACCGAUAAAAACAACAUAGAAUCAUCACAAAAUAGCACAGAUGCAGCGACUGCUCGUGUUAUAUAUACUACUACUUUCUACGUUGGCUUGGAUAUUAGUCGUAGAGAUCCUAGUACAAAAGCACCUAGACAAUUAAAUAUUUCAUGGCCGACCCAAGAAUUCAUAAAAUUGGUAAAAGUUUGGGACAAAUACGACGAAAAAUCUAUGGGCAUUCAUAUCAAACACGUAAAAAGUUCGGAAUUACCUCCUGAGGUAUUCGAAGACGGCCAGAAGAGACGAGAAGACUCAAAGAAACGAAAACGUGUACCUCCUGAAGUACCCGAGGAUGGCCAGGGGAAACGAGAAGAUUUAAAGAAACGAAAACAUGACGGACUUCCUGAGAAGAUAAAUGAAAGCUUGCACGAUUCUAUCCUUGCAGCUUGUGUCGAUAAUAACAAUAACA